GGGCGCUGCGGGGCUGCCUGGUGCGCGUCGGCGGCCGCGCUCCGUCUGCGCUGGGGACGCGCUUGGAACGGCCGCACCGCGGCGAGUUUGCGUCAAGUCCCUCGUUCCCUCUGCUGGAAUCUCUUCCUCUGAAGCGGUCACCAGCGUGUGGAGCCUGCCCCACACCCAUCCCCUGCCAAACCACGGCCUUUACCUGCGUCUUCCGCUGUUUCCCGUGCGACCCGUCCUGCGGGAGUGCCUCCUGGGCCACCCCAGACUUCACCCAGCGCUCCGUGGCUCCAAUGGUGAAGAUGACAAGGUCCAAGACUUUCCAGGCGUAUCUGCCUUCGUGCCACAGGACCUACAGCUGCAUUCACUGCAGGGCUCAUCUCGCCAACCACGAUGAGCUCAUUUCCAAGUCCUUCCAAGGAAGCCAAGGACGAGCAUACCUCUUCAAUUCAGUAGUUAACGUGGGCUGCGGCCCCGCAGAGGAGCGAGUGUUGUUAACAGGAUUACAUGCGGUUGCAGAUAUUUACUGUGAAAACUGCAAAACCACACUGGGUUGGAAAUAUGAACACGCUUUUGAAAGCAGCCAGAAGUAUAAAGAAGGCAAAUACAUCAUUGAACUAGCUCACAUGAUCAAGGAUAAUGGCUGGGAUUGAAUGGGAAGAGCCCAGCCCUACCAGCGUGUAAGAGAAUGCCAUCCAACCGAACAUUAUAUCCAAGAGUGAGAGAGUGACUGAACGCUUGGUUCCAUGCAUUUAGAGGCUCUGCAGUUUGGGAGCAUCUUCACACCCUUCUCCAUCUUUAUUGGUGACUGGCCUCUAAAUUUCUGUCUCUCUGUCUCUUUGCUUUGUAUCUGUUUGUGAGUUGACCCUGGCUGCUUCUCUCUCUGUUCUGGCGUUGGCUAAGAGAAUGCACCGAACGCCUGACAGCCGCUCCGCCGUGACCGCUGCCUGAGUACAAACUGAUGGUGGCUUUGUGGUGGCAUUUUACCAGGAGGUCUCUGUGUGGGAGGAAGACCUGAGUUUAGGGCAGGAGAAGGUGAAUAGGGGGUGGGGAGUGGGGAAGUCAUCAGAAGUUGACACUGUGCUUCUCCUUUAAGUCCUGGUUAACCAAGGCUUGAAACUAUUUACUUGUCUAAACAGACAGAAAAAUACCUCACGGCUGCGUUGUCUCCGAAGCAUAAACCCCCUGCUCCCUCGCUGGAGCUUCAGCCCGAGCUGGCUGAGCACAAGUCAUAACCAGUGCCCCCAGCAAGCCAAUUGCAAAUCUGUGUUUUGUUUGCCAUUAUCAACUUCUUGUUGGGGGAGAGGGGGGAAAGGACCUGAAGGCUGGAGAGAUUCCCUGCGUCUCCUUUUUCUCGAUGUUUCAGGGUAGGCCAAACGUCCCAGCAGAGCACAGCUGUGGGGAGCAUCCUCCCAGCUGGAGAAACCAAAUCCUGACUCUUGAGCCUUUCAGAGAGGAGGAGAAAACCACUUAAGGCACAAGGGGGCUGGAGCUGCAGCUUAGAAGAUAAGAAAGGUGGGAAAUAAAAGACAUGUGCUAGGCAACGAAGAGAGAAUUACAUAGAGGAGGAUAGGGACACACUUAGUAACACAGGGUAACCCUUGAGUUCCUGCCCCUCCCCCCCUUCUUUGGGGGUCUUUACCAAACCUUCACAAGUGCAGGUAAGAAAACAUUGUUACAAAAUCUUUUCCUUGAACCCCAGGCCUCAGCCAUCAGGUCUGCUCUUGGACCCUGGCAGAGAAAUGGGGAGAGGAGGGAGCAGAGGAGCCUGGCAGUUGUAGCAGUAUUGCACAGGUGGAUAUUUCAAGCCAUGAGGUAUCCUCCCCAAAACCUUCCACCUUUUUCCCACUCCCAGAAGCCUGUUGCAGGCAGAGGGGGAAUGGGAAAGAAAAAAAAAAUUCAGCAUAUUCCCCAUAGCCCUGAUAUUGUCUAUGCCUUGGAGUUUAAAGGGGAGGGGUAGAUGUGGGCAUCAUAACUGCAAGGGACAAGUCCUUCCCAUUUUAAGUUUCUUAAGUUGAAUUACUGUGGACCUUCCCAAGGUAGUUGGUGGGGAAGGGGCAUCAUGUGUGAGAGGAGAGCUGUGUUAGACAUAAAUGACAAUGUGAAGUUUGCUCUGCAACAGUCCAGCCAGUAUCUGGUGCAUAACUCAAGUCUAUUUAACUGAGUUAGUUUUAUCUCCAAGUGAAUUUUCUUUUUGUUUGUGGAAUUCUUUCAAGUAGGUUAAUCCACUGGGGAAAAUCUUCCUUAAUCCAGAAGGAAAGAGCAUUGUGCAGGGGUUUGUAACUCCUUAUGAAACCCAAGCUUUGGAGCUGUAAUCUGUUGUUGCUGGUCCCCACCCCUGAGAGACUCUCAGUGGAUCAGGACGGAGGGCUGGUGCUGAGGAAAUUUCUGCUGUUAAAUGAAGGAGAUGAGAGCAAAAAUGCUGCUUAUGGAUCAGGGUGGAACUUAUGUGUUGGGUCCUUGUGUUGAAACCCAAACCUGAUGACCCACCUAAAUAAAGGCUGUUUUUUCUUUGCAGCCUUGGGGAGAGCAGUGAGGUGGAGGCUGGCUACAGCCCCUGCAGUGGAUGGGGUUGGCUCAGUUUGUGAUGAGCCACUUAGGAGAUGGCUUCUGCCUUCACCCUUUCUGCUGUGGCUGUGUAACAAUUGCUUCAGCUUUUGUUUGUGAUCCAUCAUCCACCUUCCCUUCAGUGGUAACAACCUAGUUGGAAAUCAGAAACUCUGCAGUACCUGCUGCCUUGUUGACUUUGGCACUACGGACCUGGUCCCAGUCUCCUGUCUUUUGAUGAUCCAUGACAGGGUUUGGUUAAUGGGAAGUAAUUUGUGUCCUUUGGAGAGCUCUUCAGUCCCCCCCAAGAUGUGUAGCCUUUACAGGGGUCUGGUUGAAGCUGGGAGAAAUAAGGGAUAAGCCCAAAUCCUUAAUAAGAAGUUGAGGAAAGAGCACAGAGGGGCUCAUGGUUUCAUGUUGGUCUUCAGAGUGAUUGCCUGUGACAAAGCCAUGCAAGGGCAGGACUGUCUGGAGGACUGCUCUGAGAAAUGAGAUCAGCUGCUACAGAGAGCUACCAGAUGUAAAUAUUUUUAUCCAUAUAUUUGGGACAAGAAAGGAGGAUGAUCCAUCAGAUCAGGCUGGUUUUAACUGUUCACAAGGGUUACUCUUUUAAUGGCAACCAGUCUAAGCUUGAACACGGCAAGAUCUUAAUCUGGUUUUAAUUGGUUUGGUCCCAUCACUUGAUGAGAAUCUGGCCUCAAGCCCUGAUACAAAAAAAAUAGAUGUGCCUGUGAGUGCCCUCACCACCAGAGAGUAAUCUAUAGAGGGACUUGAUUAAUACAGUGCACAGGGAGGUGAGGCAGAAUGGGCUGGUGAGGCUCAGUGGCAUUUGCUCUCUGCCGUGUGUCCAUUAAACAUGAAGUGCUUUCUAGUCUGCUGCUAGCUCCUCUGUGACAUGAUGUAUCAAGACACACAACAGUGUCAUGAGCUGGUGACCAGACAGGGUGAUCAGAUCUGUGUGCUGGUGGCUACCACAAGCAGGACAGGUUAAACUACUGACUGGUUCAGUGAUAUGUCCAGAGUAUAACCAAAGAACCUCACUGGCUGCAUCCCUCCGGUUGGGUGGGCUAACCACAGCCUAUUCACCACCGACUGGAGUGGGCAGGGUGGGACUGUUACUUCCAAGCUGGAGGUGUGGCCCAUGGAGGGUGCUCCUUGGGCAGGCAAUGGCUGAAGCCAGAGCACCAAGUGCUCGUGGUGCUGCUUUUUGUGGGUGACAUCCUCAAGCAAGCACGAACAGCAGCAAGCUUUGCUUCUUUUUCAUGUGGCAGCCUCAGCUGUAGCAAGCUGCAUGCACCUGCGAGUUUACAUCACCCUCAUCUACCCCAAAGCUCAGACCUGGUGGAUUAGCUGAUGUGAAAUCCUGAUCCCUAUAAUAAAUAUUCAGAUGAUAAUAUAUACAAAUCAGAAAAAAAAAAAAAGAACCAACCAACAAACCCAACCCACAUUGUGAAGUCUACUUUUGUAAAUAAUGUUGAAUUAUUUUUUUUUAAUAAUAUAUUUGGUGCUGUUUUCUCAGAGCCCCUCCCUGAGAGCACUUUCUGUUGUUGUUUAUAAAUGAUAACUGUUUCCUUCUGUAUUUGUUGGAAAAUAUGUUGAAAGGGAAACAAAAAUCAUAAUAUAUGUUGUCCUCUGAAGUUGAUCUGUUUUUCCUCUGCAUGUGGCAGGAGAGAGGAAAGUCACUUUGGCUCCCAGCUGGCAGAGUUGGUCUCUGGCACAGGUGGUGGCCAGGUUAGGGGCAGCAGCUUGUGGUGUGGGGCAGGGAGCCCUGUGUGGGACGAGAGGUAGCUGCAGCCACUCAGGGAGUGCUCUUGUGUCUGGAGUUCAUGCUGGGAACUCAUUCACUGAGCGCUGGAGGUCCCACCGGCAGCCUGAGCCCCCUGGCAGCUCACAGCCAGGCCCACAAAAGCUGGUGGUGCUCUGCCUGGGUGCAGAUUCCCCGAGGAGAUCUGGUUUGUAGCAUCCAAGCCUGACGUUUUCUCUUGCACCAGUAUUGGCUGGAGUGGAGCAGACACUGAGACACAGAAAACAGGAUUGAGUGUAAGCUGCACCCUCUGAAUCACUGCUGCCAGUUUCUUGGGGGCAGCAAGGGUGGAGGAUGGAGAUUUCUAACCAGUCAUUGUUUUUAAUCUAAAUCCUGAGUCUUUGGACAUGGAUCCUGGGAUUCUUUUUGAUUUUUUUUGUUGUUGUUAGUUUGUUUGUUUCAAACCAGGCUGCUACAUAACAAAUUAGAGUAAAAAGUUUACCUGUCUGACUUUUGGUUUGUUUUUGUUUUUCCUUUCUGUCUUUAACCUCUCCCCUUCCUCCUCCCCCCCUUUGUUUUUAAUUCUUUGGGUCUCUUGUUUAUCCCAAAGUGGACCAACGGCACAAAGCACUGGACUGUGUUUUUACUGAGCGAGGAGCUGUUUUCAGUGCUGAGUAACUGUUGCACGCUCUUUAAUUCUCUGGGUUUGGUGCACACCGUUUGAAAACCCUGCAGAAAACAAUCAAAACCAACACAAACCCAACAACCCCAGGCCCUCCCAUUGAAAUCUGUUGUGCUCGUACUGAUCAAGUGAGAGUUUUCUCUGUAUGCAUUUUUCUCUGUGAGAGUAUUGUUAAUGAUGCAUUUCAUUGCACUUCCUUCUUUCGGGAGGAGCAUCACGUCCCGUGUGAACCAGUUGUUGGAUGAAGAAGUGACACCCAAACAGCCCUGUUGGGUGCAAAGAGCUGGAGCUCAGCUCAGUGGGAAGCAGCUCUUCUCACCAGGUGAGAGGCCUCAGAAAUCCACUGCUCAGAAACAGUUAGGUUAGAGAUAGACUUUGCAGAAUCCUGUUUUAAAGCAAGGAGAGGGGAAAAGCAAAAAGCAUCUCGAGUUCAGAAGAGAGGAAGAAGAAAUCAACCUGUUGACAUGGAAGCAGAGAUACAACCAUGGUGAAGCUGUUCUCAGAGUUACCAACUGUCUGUAUCCUUUGUUUUGUUAUCACAAGGAAAUGAAAAUGCUUUCCCCACUGGCAAAACAAAAGGAGAAUAUUUCCAAUACCAGCCUGUCUGUUGAUGCUCUUGUGUUUACAGAUUGUCUAUACUUUUAUUUCUUUUGGUUUUAUUUUAUUAUUAUUAUUAUUAUUAUUAAUUUUGUUUUGUUGUUUUUUUUUGACAUAUUCUUUCAGGUCAUUUGCUUGAGUAAUAAAUGCAAUUGUUUGUUUUCAAAUGAUUGGGUUUCACCUUUUCAUGUGUUUGUACCUUGUAUAUAGUUCUUCAGUAUUAGAGGGAGGUGAAUUGUUUGUCAUAUUUACAACUAUGUGUUGGUGCUCAUUUGAGACAAUAAAAUUUUCAAGUACUAAA